CCAGAAACGAGCGGUAAUGUUUCACAGUUCCCUGCGCGAGUUCUUUGGAAAACAGAAAAAUACGUAAUUUACCAGAGGUCGAAAUAACCGAAGAACAAUUCAAAUCCAUUUUUUUCACGUGCUCGCGAGUGGUAUUUGAACAGAAACCGAACCCCCGCCGGAGUGUCAAACAUGAUGACCCCUGAGUGAUUCUAGGGCCCAAUGAAAAAAAUGAACGCCAGCCAGGUUCUGCUCCUGGCUUUGGCCCUGGCCAGCACCAGCAGGACCUCCUCGGCAAUCAGCAAUCCCGGCCCCGUGGCAGGCGGCUCGAAUGGAUUACAGUGCCAGCGGAUUACCGUUUCCGCCUGCCAAGGUCUUGGCUACAACAUGACCGCAUUGCCCAACCUGGCGGGUCACACCAAUCAGCUGGAGGCUGAGCUCCAGAUUGCCAAACUGGUGCCAUUGAUCGAAUCCGGUUGCUCCCGCCGCGCCCGCUUUUUGCUCUGCUCGGCGUUAUUUCCGCUCUGCACUCCGGACGUGCCACGCCCCGUUACCGCCUGCAAGUCGCUGUGCGAAACCGUUAGGAACGAGUGCUCGGUCAAUGCUCCGCCGGAGCUGAUGGAGUUGUGGCCCCAGUUCCUGAACUGUGACGGACUGCCGCAGCCGGAGAAGCACGAGCUGUGCAUGCAGAUUCCCCAGGAGGUGGGUGGCUCUGGUGGAUCAGGUGGCUCAGGUGUUCCCGCUGGUCCACCACCCACCACCAGUCCGCCCAGCGGUGGGGAAGGUCAUCCAACGUACCGCUUCUGGAAGAGUGGGGCACCACCUGCUCCGGGUUCCAGCAACGGCGGCAUUCUGUGCCCCCAGAACUUCAGCGGCAGUCCCUUCAACCCGGAGGAGUGUGUGCCCCAGUGCCAGCGGGAUGCCUUCCAUACCAGCGCCCAGAAGAAGCUGUCGGAGAGCCUGAUCCUGGGCCUCUCGGCCGUCUGCUUCGUCCUCACCUUGUUUGCCCUGGUGACCUUUUGGGCGGAGCCCACCCGCUUUGGCUACCCAGAGCGACCCGUGCUCUUCCUGUGCCUGUGCUACAACCUGUUCAGUGUGUGCUACCUGGAGCGGAUCGUGUUCCACAACCAGGCUAGGAUGCAGGACCAGGGGCGUCUGAUGAUGCGACCAGCCUGUCUACUGACGCCACCCUGCCUGGCCUCCUAUAUAACCACCUCGUAUCUGAGUUUGUGCGCCGCCAGCUGGUGGUUGAUAUUCGCCCUGUGUUUCUACCUAUCCUCCCACAAAAAGUGGUCCAGUGAGGCGCUCGAGAAACGAUCCGGACUGUUCCAUGUCCUGGCCUGGGUUCCUCCACUGGCCCCGCCCAUUGCCGCCUUGUUGCUGGAGAAGGUGCGUCCCAGUGAGUUGACUGGGAUGUGCUAUGCCCCGGGAUUCGUGGAGCUGCCCGCCUUGGUUCUCCUGCUCCUGGGCCUCUAUUUUACACUGAGGGCCUCCAGAUCCCUGCUCCUGCUGCAACAGCAGCUGCAGCCCACUCUGGCCCACCAUCGAUUCGGGCAGAUCCGGAAGCGUUUCGUCAUUUUCUCGCUGCUCUAUUUCGCACCCACGGCAGCGGGAGUGGUGGCCGCUCUGCUCGAACGGUACGCGGACUCCGUGCCCAGUUGCUCCACGCUCGAGGACUGUGCCCCGCCCACACCGCUGAGUGCCUGGCCCGCCCUAAUCAGGAUAUUCUUCCAGCUGGUGGGCGGAACACUGACUGGACUGUGGGUGUGGUCGCGCAAGACCUGCGAGAGCUAUAGAAAUCGGCUGGUGGCCGGAGGCGGCGGAACGCCCACCUCCUCCUCGCUGAUGAACCACCAAAGCAAAUCGGCCGGGGCACUGCCCAAAAAGCACCUGUACACCAGUGGCAAGUCCAUGAUGGGGGCACCACCCCUCUACGCUGGCAUCAGUUUCCACAAUGUGCCCGUUUACAAUCCCAAUCAGUCGAGGGUUUGAGACCCAAUCCCAUUCCCCCCAACUCCAUUGUAUAUACUUACACUCAUGAUCAUAUUAAAUAGGUGCACCUAUAACAUUCUAAAACAAUUCGUUUUAGUACACAGAAACAAAAAAACAUUGCCAGUACAAAAUUUGAUUUUGAAUAAUGUAAAAUUGAUAUUAGAAAACGGUAAGGACAAGCUUUUUCACUAUCUUUUUAAUCAUAACAAGAUUAGUACCAUCAAAACAAAUAAUCAUUUCCAUUCAUUUUUUUACUCUGAUAUUUUUUAUUUGGCAAUAUACAAGUAUGGCUAAAAACGUGACAAAAAUGAUUGCUAAGGCUUUAAAGUCGCACUAAAAUGGAUUCAUAUAAAAAGCUAUAUAUGUACCUAUUAAUACGAUCAUGGGUGUACAUAGGAACCCUCACUUAACCCUAGAAGGCUUUAAGCUCUGAUCUAAGUACAUGAACGAGAACGAUUAUUGUACGCCUAGUUAGUAAGCCCCCAAAAAGGAAAAACUGAAAUGUGUUAAUAGCUUUAAAGUUCGCCCUGCCCCCAAAAGUGCAUCCAUCACCUCCAGUUUUUAUUAGUAGUUCUUUAGCUUAUCCUAAGUCUGUACAUAGAGAAAAUGUUUUUUUUUCUUAUUUUAAAUAAAUUAAGGUUAAGUAGUCAUAAGAUUACCAUUCAAUUUAAUUGCAUAGUUUAAUAAAUUGUGAAUAAUUUAAA